UAUAAAUAUGGGCAAUGCAGACACCCCUUUUGAGUUCGGAAGCUACACACUCUCUUUCGAAAGAUAUCAGAAAUCCAAUGUUUGCAAUGUCUCAUCUGUUUGACUCGUUUCCACGAGGCCUGAUGGCCAGUGGGAAUGUCCUUUUCGCAACAGCAGCAUACUUUGCCGACUGGAGUCACACACAUGUCUUCAACCCACGUUGGCCACCUCAUGCCAAAUUCCACAAUGGACAGAGCAUGUCCUUCGGCGCUCUCUCCGCUUUGACUUCACUUUACUUGCUCGGCCGACGCAAUGCCAACGUCGAGGCUGCUAAGGACUCACUCUUUGUUGCGGCGCUCGUCGGCUCUUUAACCACUAUCGCUGGCUUGUCGGCAAUAUUAUAUCCUGGGACUGCCUGGAUGGACCCAGAGUAUGACACGGGAGCGUUGAUAGGACCUCAGGGAUAUGUUUUUAUGGUACAGCUUUUUGUGAAUUGGACUUGCUAUAACUUGGAAAAUGCACGACUCAACAAGCUAGAUAAGCUUAAGAAAUGAUUCAUCAACACCACGCAUAUAUCGUCACUGGGGGAAAGGAAGAUAAGACAAGGCUGAGGAAAUGAGUUGUAAUAAAAUAGAAGGUCAUCUGUGAAAUUACAGCAAGAUUGGUUGAAUGGACUCGGCGCUUCAGACUAAAGAUUGGUACUUUUUUAUAAUUGACCGCUACAGUGGUUUGCCU